UAGUAAGGAAUUUUGUGGCAAUUUAUAGAUUUUAUGAAAAGUGGAGUUUUUAUUUACAGAACUGUUAAUGUUAGUUAAAAAUUAUUUAUUUACACGGUAAAGACGAAUCUCAUGUUUGCCUUUUUGAUGACAGAUAAAAUGUAUACAUAUUACACGGCGCUGUUUGGCUUGUUCGCGCUAUUAGUCAUCAUCAGCGAGGUGCUGCGCGCAUGGCGUUCACGCAAGUAUCCGCGCGGACCCUGGGGCCUGCCCAUACUUGGCUAUUUGCCAUUUCUCAAUAAGCGCGAACCAUACAAWACAUUAACGGAAUUAGCUAAGAGAUACGGUCCGGUCUAUUCGCUGCGGCUGGGCAAUGUGGAUGUGGUGGUGUUGGCCGAUGCGGCGUCGGUGCGGGAAUUCUUGAAGUGCGAGGAGUUCACCGCGCGCGCACCGCUCUAUGUAACGCACGGCAUAAUGGGUGGAUUCGGUCUCAUCUGUUCGGAAGGUGCGCUGUGGCGCAAUCAACGCAAGCAUGUCAUCGACUGGCUGAAAGACCUGGGCAUGACAAAAAAACAAGGCAACGCGCGUAAAUCAAUGGAGCAGAGAAUAAAGAUCGGCGUUAUAGAAUGCAUGAAGUCUUUCAGAGACGAUUCCAAGAAGCAUUCGUCUUUCGAUCCACACCACGCGCUGCAGCACACAUUGGGCAACAUCAUCAACGACUUGGUGUUCGGCGUCAAAUAUGCGCGCGAUGACGUCACCUGGAAAUAUUUGCUCCAGCUGCAGGAGAAGGGUCUCAAAUUAAUGGGCGUUUCAGGUGCAGUGAAUUUCCUGCCCUGGCUGCGAUUCCUGCCGUGGAACCUGCGCUCCAUACGGUUCCUACUCGAUGGCAAGGCACGCACACAUGAAAUUUACAACAGUCUCAUUAAGAAGCGCGAGCAGACGUGGGAACAACGCAAAGCUGUAAGCGACGAGAGUUUCAAUAUAUUGGAUCAUUUCAUUGAUGAGCGCAUGCGUCGUGAAGAUUCCGAUAUUGCCGAAGAGCGUCUGUCCACCGACAUCUACUACACGCAGGAGCAGCUGCUGCAUCUGCUGGCGGAUUUGUUUGGCGCGGGACUGGACACCACUUUGGCGACAAUGCGCUGGUUUUUGCUCUACAUGUGCAAGUACCAGGAGGUGCAGGAGCAGCUCAGAGCGGAACUUUUGAAAAUCCCCGAUUGCGAUUUCGACUUGGAACAUCUGGAGCAGUGCCACUUUUUGCGCGCWUGCAUCUCGGAAACACAGCGCAUACGCUCGGUGGUGCCUMUGGGUAUACCGCAUGGUGCUGUGGAGGACUUCACCAUUCAGGGUUGUUUAAUACCUAAGAAUUGCAUGAUCAUUCCACUUCAGUGGGCUGUACAUAUGAGUCGUCUCAAAUGGAUCGAACCGGAAUUAUAUUGGCCUGGCCGAUUUUUGGAUGACAAUGAUCAAUACUGCCAGCCUGCGGACUUCAUACCAUUCCAGACAGGCAAACGCAUGUGCCCCGGCGAGGAACUCGCGCGCAUGAUGCUCUUCCUUUACGCCGGCUACAUAAUACGCGGCUUCUACAUACGUUUGUCGCAGGAGCACGAAAUCAUGAGCUUGCGCGGUGAAAAUGGCAUAACAUUAGUGCCGCAAUAUUAUGAAAUCGUAGCGACACCCAUGCGCAACAUGAAGGAUCUGGUCAAGGACGAUGACGUGGGCAUGUACAAAGCUGUGGCGGUGAAGAAGGACAUAAAAUCAAACACAAUUUAAGUUUAGUUUAUAAAAAAUCUCUUUUUUUGCCUUUAAUAUAUUUUGUUUUAUGUAAUUUCUU